GCCUAGGUGAAAGAUUGAGCGAUGUGUGGGCACUGGAGCUCAAGGAGGUCAUGGCGUGGAAGAAACUCCAGCCCACAGGACCGUCUCCAAGCGGAAGACAUGAGCACUCAGCGAUCUACGACCCCGAGAGCCACUCCAUGCUGAUAUUUGGCGGGAUGGAUGGCUCGGACGGACAUUUAAGCGAUGUGUGGGCAUUGGACCUGAAGGUCAUGGCGUGGAAGAAGCUCCAGCCCACAGGAACGUCUCCAAGCGGAAGAAUGGAGCACUCAGCAAUCUACGAUCCCGAGAGCCACUCCAUGCUGAUAUUUGGCGGGAUGGAUGGCCUAGGUAAAAGAUUGAGCGAUGUGUGGGCAUUGGAGCUGGAGGUCUGA